AAUGUAGGGCGAUUUGAAUUGUACACCCAAUAGGUUCAGCUGGAGGAGUCUUCCAGAAGUACAUUGCUGACAGCUGUUGUGCACAGUCACUGUCACACGGAGCUAAGAAACAACUCACUACAAAUUAUAAUACACUUUUUUUUCCACAGAGUGUUGAUUAUUGAGAGACACACGGAACUAAAGUUUCGCAUUCCUUUAUUCAACUCGGACGUAUUUAUAUCCCGGACAACAGAAACAUCUCCGUAACAAGUAUGCCGGAUAUGCUGCUGUUAUGGUGAUCUGAGUACAAAUACUCUUUCUGUCACAUUGCACGUUGUGAAUCACAGUGGAAAGACACACGGUUGUAUAUCGGGGGUGUGAUAUAUGUCAUCAUGGAUUCGGGACGGCGGAGAGGUUUCAACAGUGUCCUGUCCUCCCUGUCUCUGCUCUGUGUGGUUCUGGACCUACAGCUGGACGGUGUGUUAGGUGCCACACCUGUUGAGAUCGAGCAUCAUCUAGAAAUGGGCCGUAAGCUGCUAGCAGCCGGACAGCUCGCUGAGGCCCUGUCUCACUAUCAUUCAGCUGUGGAGGGUGACUCUAAGAACUACCUGACAUACUACAAACGGGCUGCCGUUUUCCUGGCCAUGGGCAAGUCCAAGUCAGCACUGCCAGACCUGACCCAUGCCAUACAGCUCAAGCCAGACUUCCUUGCUGCCAGACUGCAGAGGGGUAAUAUCCUACUGAAACAGGGAAGUACUCAAGGGGCCAGAGAAGACUUCCAAGCAGUACUGAAGCGUUCCCCGGAUCACGAGGAAGCACGUGAUCAGCUCCACAAGGCCGAUGAGCUGGAGUUACUCCAGGAAGAGGCACAUGAGGCCAAUCACCGUGGAGACUACAUCACUACUGUCCAGGUGCUGGAGCGAGUCAUAGAGCUCUCUCCCUGGGACCCAGAGUCUCGAGAACUAAGAGCUGAGUGCUACAUCCGCCUCGGGGAGCCACGGAAGGCCAUUAUGGACCUGACGCCAGCAACUCGUCUCCGUGCGGACAACCGAGCAGGCUUCCUUAAACUCAGUCAACUACAUUACAGUUUAGGCGAGCAUCACGACUCACUUAAUCAUGUCCGUGAGUGUCUGAAGCUGGAUCAGGAUGAUAAGGAGUGUUUUGCCCACUACAAACAGGUCAAGAAGCUCAGCAAGCAGCUGGACUCUGCAGAAGAGCUGAUCUCAGAACAGAGGUAUCAGGAAGCCAUUGAGAAGUAUGAGUCUGUGAUGCGAACAGAGCCAAACGUUGCAUUUUACACUAAUAAAGCAAAGGAGAGGAUCUGUUUCUGCUUAGUCAAAAUGAAGAGUGCUGAGGAAGCUGUAGACAUAUGUUCAGAAGCUCACCAGAGAGAACCUCAGAAUAUCCACAUCCUCCGGGACCGAGCGGAGGCCUACAUCCUACUGCAGGAAUAUGAGAAAGCUGUGGAGGACUAUCAGGAGGCUCGGGAGUUUGAUCAAGAGAACCAAGAGAUUCGUGACGGUCUCAAUCGAGCACAGAAGCUUCUCAAGCUCUCUCGCAAGCGGGAUUAUUACAAGAUCCUGGGGGUCAGCAGGAGCGCCAACAAACAGGAAAUCAUAAAAGCAUAUAGAAAGCUGGCUCAGCAGUGGCAUCCUGAUAAUUUCCAGUCUGAAGCAGACAAGAAAGAGGCAGAGAAAAAGUUUAUUGACAUUGCAUCAGCAAAGGAAGUGCUCACAGAUCCAGAAAUGCGUCAGAAGUUUGAUUCGGGCGAGGACCCUCUUGACCCUGAGAAUCAGCAGGGUGGAGGAGGUGGAGGAGGCAGAGAAUGGCCCUUUGGCUUCAACCCCUUUGAGGGUGGAAACUUCCACUUCAAGUUCCAGUACAACUAAUAACAGAGUGGCUGAUGCAGUAUAAAUGGACAAUGAUUUGGACUAAGAAACCUGGCUAGAGAACUUGCGUUAUCCAAACUGAACUUUGGAGGAAUCUUAUCAAAAGGAGAGGUUUUUUUGUUGUUGUUGAGACUUGAAUCCACAGGCUGUUUUGGACUUCUCCAGGAGCAAAUUACUUGAUCGUGAAAACACCAUUAGUUUGGUGAUUGAUUUUCUCUGCUAAAAGACUUUAAAAUUGAAUCUAGUUGAACUUGGAGUCUUAAACCCAGCUGAGUUAUUUCGGCUUGAAAUUUUCUUUGACGUACGUGCCAUCUCUAACAUUACUUUGUCUCUCUCACACUGUCUUUUUUCUUUUUCUGCUGCUUGUGUUUCUUUUCUUUGAAUGACACUCCAGAAUUUAGGGUUGUGGUUUCUUUUAGACUGUGCCAUGUACUUCUGACACUAGUAUGUCAUAUUUGCAUUCAAGUUUCAGCUCUGACACGCUGGCAGCGUUGAAGUAGUUAAAGCAGUAUUGCACGCUUUUCUGGCAAAGGAGGUACCUUUUCUCAUAUCUCUCUCAACCUCAUAAUACUGAAGCGUAUCCCAUAAAACCACCUGAAAUUUACCUGUCCUUGGGCUGCUUUAUAGCCUGACACUUUUGAUCUGAUACCAGUUUGCACAAGUUUUUUUUUUUUUUUUUAAUACUGAAGUCUUUGCUAAAAGUUUACAUGUUUAUCAUUCUACAGCUGUUGCCGAUGAUAAAUCAGAUGACAGACUAUAAAGCAGCCUAUAUUUGGUUCAAGUUUUUUUUUUUUUUUUUUGUCUGAUAUUAAUAUAUCAACAGGUCAAUGUCCCACAACAAAGCUUUGAAACUAUUAUGUAAACUUGAUGAGUUACUCCCGCACUAAUUUUGAGUUAAAGGUCAACCAACUUUUAUUGGGAAAUACAUUAAAAUAUAUAUAUAUUAUUUGUAGGUUUAUGACAUGCCGCCACCAUUAUUUAAAAGAUUUACAGUUUUUGGGGGCUAGACGAUUGUUCGUUUGUGCCAACAUACCAAUGCAAAUGUCUUCUUGACCUCACUGAUGUUAUGGGUCUUCCUAAUGUUUUAUGCUUGUUUUUCAUUUCUUUUAAGAUAAACAAAAUCAUGAAGAACUCCAAGAUAUGCUGUAUUUAAAAAAAGAAUGUUCAAGA